AUGUCUAAAAGGAUCUGUGAAGCAGGAUUGAGAUGGGACAGUCUGCUGAAGGAGUGCAUGCCCCUGGACAUGAGGCAAAGACGACCAACCACCACUGAACCGCUCAUCACAGCACUGGUCCCGCAGAUACACACGGCCGCUGUGGAGCAGACAGCAGGGGUUCAGCCGGCUCUGUGGCUCCUGGUGCUGCUGGCAGCUCUGGGCUCCAUCCUGACUCUGCUCCUUUGGCUCUUCUUAUACAGAAGACACUCACGACGUUUGACUGGGGAGGAACCAGCAGAGCCAGAACCUCUCAAAAGAGACCCACCAGCCACAAACUACAACCUGGCCCCAUGUGGCCCAUGUCACACUGGGCCACACACUGGGCUCCACACUGGGUGCCACACUGGGUGCCACACGGCCCCUGUAUGGCGCUCCGGAGGCGGAGGUCACAGCCUGAUGGAGCAUGAAGACAGAGACUGGUGUGGACUCACAGGUUCUGCUGUGACACAGGAAACUGUUCCACUUCCAACCACUAAGCUGGUCACCACCAAAACUCUUUGA